AUCGCCUUGAUAAACAUGAAGAGAUAGGGAACAAGCAAACAUGGCUCUGAUAACGGUAGCAUUAGCAUUCCUGGGUGUCUGGUCCAUAUCAGCACAAGAUUUACAUAAAUCAAUAGCGCCAAAACAAAUAUUGAAAGGUGGAGAAGUUACUGUUUUCUGUGAUGCUGAUCUAGCUGCCGUUCCACAGGAAAGUACUAUUAGAGGAAUCUCUGCGCUGACGCUGCGUUGGAAGGGAUACACAUACGAGGCCGAGUACACAGUACAAGGAGGUUUUAGGUAUAAAUUAAAACGUCAUUGGCGUUUGAGGCAUUACGGAGCCGACUACAAGAACGGUAAUGGAUAUUUCGAUAGUCACAAAUUCAGGAUGGAACUCGACAUUGUAAAUGUUAAACCGGAUGACGAAGGCCAGUUUUGCUGCGAUAGCGUUUUCGUCAGGCAAAAAGAUGCCGAAAACUCAAGCGUUUGUGAGAAUGUUACAGUUUCUCACCGAGCUAUAGUACAUAACCAAGGAGAGUAUACAAUAAUUACAUGUGAUUCUACCCUUGCCGGAGUUCCCGAAAAAGCAACAGAGCUGAAAAACGUGUCGUUGUUCUGGCAAAAUAAAGAAGUUGAUCGCAAUUCAUAUCUGUUGUAUGAAAUAACAAUAGAUCCGAACAACAAAGAAAAACCACGCGUAAAUCUGAUUAAACCUAGAGGAAAAGACCACUGGCAAGCGCUCUCUUAUUCCAAGAACUUAACGUCCAACAUGAGAAUCAAGAAGUACGAAGCCUCGGUGGGUGUGGUUAUUACAAGAAGCAUACACCAGGACUCUGGCUGGUUCUGUUGUAGUUCCACUUACUUUGCCAUGUCUGACACUACUCGUGAAUCGCGGAGUUGUCAUUAUUUCGCAGGUUUUCGAGGCGACGCACACACAACAAGCGGGAGCUCAAACAAGACAGUUACCGGGAGUCUAAUCUUCGUGUUGAUGAGUUUUCUGAUUUGUUCUGCAAAUCUUUUAUAUGGGUAAAUAAAAGUCUUGUUCUUCGCAUAAAAGGCAAAAAACAUCAGGAGGUUUUAUCAACUAGCGAUAUGUCUCAGCUUGUGUUAUAAGGAAACCAUAAAAGCUCAAAAUGUAUUAAAAGAUCGGGAAAAAAAGCAACAAAAAACAUCUGGAAGUUUUAUCAACAAGCGAUAUGUCUCAUAUUGUGCUAUAAGGACACCAUAAAAGCUCUUAAUUUUUUACAUCGUGAAAGAGCUACAAAAACAUUUCUGAAAAUAACAUCUGAAAGAUAAUAUUAAACAUCAUAUAAAAGCAUUAAAAUUU